CUCGCAUUCGACUCCGUUAUAUCAUGUGUGGUUAUUUCAAUUAAUUUGCUCCAAUACAAGCCAAUUUGAAUUCGAAAAACUUUUUUCGGGAUGUUGCAUCGGUAGAAAAAGUGAUUUUUUUUAAAUAGAUUUUUAUCAUCUGAAAAUUUUAAUUGUAGUUAUUUAUUAUAUAAAGAAAAAUGGAUUAUUUCGGUUAUUUUCUAAGGAUUUUGAUCUCGGUGUUGCUAACGAUUAAAAAUUACAUAAGGAGCGUUUUGCUGAUGCUCAACCUUCCAGGACCUCCUGCGUUGCCUUUGUUAGGAAACGUGUUAUUGGCCAAACAACACGAAGAAUUGAUUUAUUUAAGCAUGCAAGGGCCGAGUUUAUUCGGACCUUUAAUCAGGGUCUGGAUAUCCCUGCUUCCAGUUAUAACAGUCUUCGAGCCGAGGCAUCUAAAAAUUAUUUUAUCCACAAACAAAACGAACCAGAAAGGCUUCUUCUACAAAGUCUUGCACAAUUUCAUUGGACAAGGUUUGAUAACUAACAACGGAUACAAAUGGAAGAAAAACAGAAAAUUAAUCCAACCGUAUUUCCAUAUUAACAUAUUGGAAAAAUUCAUUGAUAAUUUUGCUGAGUGUUCCCAACGGUUCGUUUCUAAAUUAGAUGGAAAAGAAUGCGUAAAAAUAACACCAUUUGUUAAUGAAUGCAUCUUAGAUAUAUUGCACAAUUCUGUGCUGGGAGUGCCGCUUGAUAUGGAUUCCCCCUAUCGAAAAGGCGAACUUCAGGCUAUCGAAAGAUUCGUUAAGCCUUGGUUGAUAUUAGAAACGAUUUACAAUUGGACAUCGUCUGCGAACUACGAAAAACGCCAGAAGCACAGUUUAAAUUCUUAUACGAGAGAUAUUUUAAUAAAGCGAAGGAAGCAAAUAAAACCCUCGCUGAAAACAUGUUUCCUAGACAUGUUUAUCGAAAUUUUCGAAUCAAACGAGCACUUCACCGAAGAAGAUUUGAUAAACGAAACCGUAACGUUCAUGCUAGCUGGUCAAGACUCGGUGGCGGGUACGUUGGCCUUUGCCUUGUAUUUCAUUGCCAAAAACCAAGGUGUUCAGGAAAAGAUACAAAAAGAAAUUUCCGCCUUCGAAGUUAACGCUCCUGUAACUAUAAACGAAUUGAAUCAAAUGAAGUAUUUAGAACAGGUCAUCAAAGAAACGUUGAGAUUAGUGCCGGUUAUUCCAAUUUUAAAUAGAGUAAUUACGGAAGAUAUUUUAUUAGAUGAAACAGUCAUUCCAGCCGGUACAAAUUUAUUCAUAUCGCCGUUUGUAACUCAUCGGUUAAAGGAAUUUUACCCGGAUCCGAUGAAGUUCGAUCCCGACAGAUUCGAGGAGAGCAGAAUUCAGAACAUGCACCCCUACUCAUAUUUGCCAUUUAGCCUCGGACCCCGCAAUUGCAUAGGUAAUAAAUUUUCUAUGAUAGAAUUGAAGACCGUACUAUUUUAUUUCCUACGGAAAUUCGAAAUAAAUCUACCAGCCGGCAAUGAAGAUGUUAAAUUGACUUAUAGGGCCACAAUUCGAGCUAGCGGCGGCAUUUGGUUAAACUUAAAUCGUAGGCAGUAGUUAAGUUUAAUUUUGUAUUUUUUUAUUAAAAUAAAAUGUUACAAAACUCGUAUUAUCUUGAAUAGAACCUACGAAGACUCUACGAUGAUUGAUUUACGAUACUUAUUGGUUUCUGAAGAAUCAAAUCGAAGAUAUUAAUGUGUUGAAGGAAUUUCUUAUAAAUUUUUGAUUUUUUUACCUUUACCUUAGUCACAAAUAUGUAAAUUGGAUCUUUUUUAUAUAGUGGAUUGGGCAUUAAAA